CAUUUUAUUUUGAGCAAAUCCUUUUAUACACAAUGAUGGAAAGUAAAUUCCUACUCUGUCCAUGGCCUACCCUAUUGGGAAGAGACCGUAUGCCCUGACGCUAAAGAUCUUCACGUUUUCCUGUUUCCUUUCUGGUUUAAGAGCUUUGGUAUCAUCUGUAAGGCUGGUACCAGGCUUUGGGCUGAAAAGGAAGCAAAUGGAUGUCAAGUCCAGAGCUGGGAGUCCUUCCGAAUGGCCUCCCUUCUGGGUCUCCUAGGCCUCCGAGGGGUCUUGAACUCUCGGGCGCGGUGGGUGGGCGUGGCAGGGCCUCCGCAGGGGGUUGUGGGUUCUCUGGCCAAGCGGCUGCUUCCGGCAGACGGCGCCGCCAUCUUGGGUCCCGAUUGAACCCGCUUUUAAAGUUCAAACAUAGAUUUGGAUACUUGACCAAGAAAAGGAGGCUAAUUUUCAGAUUGCAACGAACGAAAUAAACCAGAGCAUCGUUCUUCAAGCCAAGGACCCUUGUCAUCCAUUAGAGCGGUAAUCAAGAGAUCACUCAUGAAUAGUGCACAGCAAAAAUGCCCCGUGGAAGAGCUUCUCGGACUUCUUUUCAGAGCGAGCUUCAUCGAGAUAGGAGGCGCCCAGAGAUUACCAUUGUGGCAGCUGAGCCCCUAAGGCCAGCCUCGUGGUUUCCAGGAGCUCCACCCCCAGGAUUGGGAUUUCCCCCACCUUCUGCAGCAGGCCCUUGGAGGCCCAGUGAGCUGGUUCCUGCUGAGCUCCCACCAUCUUAUGAACAAGUCAUAAAAGAAAUCAACCAAGUUCAAGUUAACACUACGAAUAAUAAUAAUGCUGCUGCCACUCCAAGGCACACAAUUACUUCUGCAACUCAGACUGACUUUUCAGAUGAAAUAGACAACCAUCUGCCUCAAACACUACAGGCACCUCUCAAGCCUCUCCAUCCUUCCUCAGUGGUCUCAGCCAGUGAUCAUCCAACGGAUGUGCCACCUCUAAUAGUCUUUGAUAUUUCUGAAGAACAGAAUUGUCCAGAGAACUCCAGUGCUCCAAGAUGUCCAGUGCCAAGACCAAGAUCAAAAGCCAACCUCAGACCAAUAGCCAGAGAUAGUCACAUUAAAGAGCAAAAUCACCAGAAAAUUAGCCCUGUGGCCACAGAAAGGGAAUCCUCCCCGAGCGAGCCCCAGUCUCUGUUGGACAGCACCAACAACUUGGAUAGUCAGGCAGUGAUGAACAUUAUGAACACAGAACGAAGCCAAAAUAGUGUUGUUUCAAGAAUCAAAGCAUUUGAGGGUCAGACAAAUAAAGAAACCUCGGGACUGUCUGUGAAACCAGAAAUUGUUCCCCGCACACUCCCCCCAAGACCUGCUGUUCCCUCAGGGAAACCCACAGUGGCUCCCAAACCAGCUGCUAACAGAGCUUCUGGAGAAUGGGACUCCUGGACUGAAAACAGACUCAAGGUGGCCUCUCGGGAGGGGCUCACCCCACACCCUCCACCACAAGAGGUAGGGAGCAUCCCAGUAACCAAACCUGAAUUGCCAAAGAAACCAAAUGCUGGCCUUAUACGAAGUGUUAAUCCUGAGAUUCCUGGAGGGGGACCUGUGGCCGAGAGCCCUGAUGGUGGGAAGAAAGUUCCAACUCCUGCUCCUCGGCCUUUGUUGCCGAAGAAAUCGGUUUCCUUAGAAAACCCCGGCCCUGCAGCUUUGCUGAAACCAGUCACCAUUCCUCCCCGACUCUCAGUGGCGUCACAGACCAAAGCAUUCAGGUCACUGGGAGAAGGACCCUCAGCCAACUCCACAGUUACAGCUCUGCAAAGCAAGCCUUCAGGGGACAUCGACCUCAUCAGUUUUGAUGACGAUGUUUUACCCACCCCACCCGGGAACCUGGUUGAAGAAUCUGUUGGUUCAGAGAUGGUUCUGGAUCCCUUUCAGCUCCCCACAAAAACAGAACCAACAAAAGAACGAGCAGUUCAACCAGCACCCACCAGGAAGCCCACUGUGAUUCGAAUUCCAGCCAAACCGGGAAAAUGUUUACAAGAGGAUCCGCAAAGCCCACCUCCUCUCCCUACUGAAAAACCUAUUGGAAACACUUACAGUGUAGUAUCUGGAAAACUGAGUAAUGUUGACAGAACUAGAAACUUGGAAUCUGACCACAUGGGUCAAACAGGAGGUUCUGUGCGAGGACCCCCAAGGUUGCCACCAAGACCUAUAAAUGGAAAAGUUAUACCGACUCGACAACCUCCUCCCAAGGGGGCCCCGGAGAGACCACCUCCCCCGAAACUUUCUGCAACCAGAGCAUCAAAUAAAAAACUGCCUUUUAAUCGGUCUUCUUCUGACAUGGAUCUUCAGAAAAAACAAAGUAACUUGGCAUUUGGACUUUCGAAAGCCAAGAGUCAAGUCUUUAAAAAUCAAGAUCCGGUGCUGCCCCCUCGCCCCAAACCAGGACACCCUCUCUACAGGAAAUAUAUGCUGUCUGUGCCUCAUGGAAUUGCCAAUGAAGACAUUGUCUCCCAAAACCCUGGAGAACUCUCUUGUAAGCGUGGGGACGUACUUGUGAUGCUGAAGCAGGCAGAAAAUAAUUACUUGGAAUGCCAAAAGGGAGAAGAUAUUGGCAGAGUUCACCUGUCUCAGAUAAAGAUUAUCACCCCACUUGAUGAACAUCUUAGAAGCAGACCAAACGAUCCAAGCCAUCCAAGCCGUGCUCAGAAGCCUGUUGACAAUAGUGCCCCUCAUGCUGUUGUUCUUCAUGAUUUCCCAGCAGAGCAAGUUGAUGAUUUGCACCUCACUUCUGGAGAAAUUGUUUAUCUUCUGGAAAAAAUAGACACAGAUUGGUAUAGAGGGAAAUGUAGAAACCAGACUGGUAUAUUUCCUGCCAACUACGUCAAAGUAAUUAUUGAUGUUCCCGAAGGAGGAAAAGGGAAAAGAGAAUCCGUGUCAUCUCAUUGUGUUAAAGGCCCAAGAUGUAUUGCUCGGUUUGAAUAUAUUGGAGAUCAGAAGGAUGAGUUAAGUUUCUCAGAGGGAGAAAUUAUUAUUCUUAAAGAGUAUGUGAAUGAAGAAUGGGCCAGAGGAGAACUUCGAGACAGAAUUGGCAUUUUCCCCCUUAACUUUGUAGAACUCAUGGAAGAUCAUCCCAUCUCUGGUGCAAACAUUUCAAGCACAAAAACACCACCCAAGGCCAAAAAAGAAGAUUCUGGUGCAAAUUCUCAGGAUAAUAGUCUUUCUGGAGAAUGGUGUGAAGCGCUUCACAGUUUUACAGCAGAGACCAGUGAAGACUUAGCUUUCAGGAGGGGAGACCGGAUCCUGAUCCUUGAGCAUGUGGACUCUGACUGGUACAAGGGCAGACUGCACGACAGGGAGGGGAUCUUCCCGGCAGUCUUUGUGCGACCCUGCCAAGCUGAGGCAAAAAGUAUGUCUGCUUUAGCACUUAAGGGGAAGAAGGCCAAAGCCUUAUAUGAUUUCCAUGGGGAGAAUGAAGAUGAACUUUCCUUUAAGGCUGGAGACAUCAUAACAGAGCUGGAAUCUGUAGAUGAUGACUGGAUGAGUGGAGAACUAAUGGGAAAAUCUGGAAUAUUUCCCAAAAACUAUGUUCAGUUUUGACAAGUCAGCUAAAGGUGAAGCUUGACUGUGUUUUUCAGCACAAGAACUCACUUGAACUAUCACUUUGACUAUCAGAUAUGUUUUUGCACUAUUUUUUUAAACUGAAUGAAAUACCUAUGCUGUACAUGGUACACUAGAAUUUUCUGAAAGCAGAAUAUGAUUUUGUAGUCAGCUUUCAUUCACAGUAGAAACCUGUACAUGGAAACCCAUAAGCAAGCCUUGAUGUUCUAUCAAGGAAGACAUCAAGCAGGAUUAGCAAGGCAGACAGACACUUCCCCUGGGGAGAGCAUCAGGUGACAUGGCAGCAUGGGGAGGCUUACAAGCAAAAGUUGCACUUAGACAUCUUUUCAUCAGCACAAGGAAAUUAACCAUGCUUCUUCCAUUUUUUACUUUAGUUUAAAAAGAGGACAUUUGAUAUUCUCCGUGCUGUAACUAUCAGGACAUAGUUGGUAAUCUAAAUUUCAUUGUUGAUAUUCAAAUUAAUUCUAACCACUUAAGCGCAUUAUCCCUUAUUACCAGGGCAAAUCUGUGCUUCAGGUGAGGCAGUUUAUUAACUAGUUGGGGCCUUUAUAAGCACGUGGUGAAUCAGCUCGUGCUCAUCGAAUGCUCCUUGUGUUACUAAGUAUUUCCCCUUUGUCUAAGGAUUUAAGGGUGAUUACAAUUUGAUGUAUCUUAGUCAAAAGAACCAAAAUCAUCUUGAAAUGCCUUGCUAAUACAACUAACCAAUCAUUCCACCUACCUGCCAUACCUUCUCUCUUCCAUGUAUAUUUUAUGUUAACAGGGUUAUUAUAAAGCACAUUUUCUGAAUCUGCAAUCAUUCUUUUGACAAUUACUGGUACCCAAAGAAAAAUUCAUUUUCUUUGCGUUACCCCAGUAAUAUAUAAAAACUGUCUUGUUAUAGUGGUACAUUAUGAAUUGCAUAUAUCUCAGAAUACAGAGCAACGGUUAAAACAGAAAACACCAAACCCCCACAGCUCAUUUCUUCCCAUUAUAAUCAGAAUGAAAAAUAAUUUAAGAAGACCGAAGGCUGAUAGUUAUUUGGGCUUUUUCCCCCAGCUCAUCCCUGAACAAAUUAUUAGAGCAAAUGAAAAACCACUUUCCUGGUAUCCAUUUGUUAUGCAUUCCAGGCUUAAGAUAAAAGUGGUUCUUUAUGUGACUGAAUCAAUUACAGUUUAUGGGCUUAAGCCAAAUAGGUCGAAGACAAUCUUCAAACAGAUCAAUGGAAUAGAAUUUCAUUGGAAAUGUAAAACACUUGCCCAACGAUGUUCAUGACUUUCUUCUAUUUUUGAGAAGAAUUCAUAUACUAGACCACUUGUUUGCUUUUGUUAUGAUUUCCCAUUGUCCAAAAAGUUAGGCAGCCAGUUGUCAAACCAUUAUGUGAACACCAUGUGGGGUUCUGUAAGGGAAGAGAUGUUUACUGUCUUUGAUGGAAAUUCAUCUUCCAUUUACAUGAUUACAAUUGAUUUGGGAAUAUGGGAGCUGUUUUGGUUAAAGAGGACAGUAUAAAGAAAACUCUUGUCUAAUCUCAAGAGUAAUUUUACGAGAAAUGAAUGACAGCGUUAUCUUGACUAAAUUUUUAUUUGCAGCAAGGUGCACAACAAUAAGGAAGUGGGGAUGUGUCUGGAAUAGGAUGGGGGUAUGUUAUUUUGCCUGUGUAAUUUUAACAUCAUAUAUCAAAGAUCAUGAAAGCCUAGCUUUAUUGGAGAAAAAUAUUCCUCUUAAAUUUUGGCCUUGUGUUAGCAGAAUGAUAAGUGCAAUAGUUGUAAAUCUACUUGACACUAUAAUAAACUGAGCUGAACUUUUCAAAGUCCUUUUCUCAUACUCGACUGAGUUUUUUGAGAAUGGAGAUGGUACCUUUGUAUAUCCAGCCCUUUGCACCAUGUAUGUAGACUCAAUAAAAGUUGGUUGGUUGGUUGGUUGGAUGAUUGGUAGAUUGGUUGGUUAGAUGGAAAGCUUUCACAUAUAGCAAUACUAUCUCAGAUCCCCAAGAUCCAGUAUUUUUCCUCCUUAAUUUGUAGACAAAAAUCUUCAUUGAAACAAAAUUCACAGUUUGUAUCAUUUCGCUCCUUCAUGACACUUUUUUUGCUUGCCACUUAUUACCCAGUCAACUGACAAAAUGCCGGAAUGUUGCUCAGUAUGGGUUUUCAUAGGUAUUUCCUUGUUCUCUGUAUUGAUUGAACAUAUUACAAUUUUUUCUAUAGGAAAAAAAUUUUUUUUCUAUAGGAUUUAUUAUACAUCAGUACUCUUUUAACAAUAAUUGUUUGGUUUUUAUUUUAGUAUCUCAGUUUCUUAAGCUGAGAUAAAUAUACCUAGUGAAAUAGCAGUGGAUAUUUGAGCUAAUUAUAAGGGAAUAUUUGUUAUAAUCAUUAAUAGUUUAUUCCUUUCAAUUAAUGCCAAAUGUACAUGAACCAUAUGAUUCAUAAUUCAAUGCCA